AUGCCGACCAUGGGUCUCGGCAGCACCAUCUCCCGCAACCCCUCGGUUGCAGGCUCAUCCAUGUAUGAGCCCUUCCAUCGAACCAGCUCAGGAUCAUCAACCGUGCAUUCUGCACUGCGUUCCGCCUCAUCCAUCUAUGAAUCGUCUGCCCCCCAAUCCAGGUCCUCCUCCACCCUACGUGCGACCUCAAGUAGGGCAAGCACGUCCGCUUCAACCUCCAAACCUUCCACCGUGCGUGCUUCGACCGUCACCUCCGGGACCUCUAUGUCCAAACUGAUGCGGUCCGCCUCCACCGCGUCCACAAGUCGCGAAAGCUCGUCUCCUUCUUUAAGUUCCACUGUGCGCCCUCCAACCGUCGCCUCUAGAACUUCUAAAAAACCUGCUGUACGUGAUUCAACCGCAACCUCCACGUCCAAGCUUAUUCGAUCCGCUUCUACGGCCUCCACACUGCGUCCACUAACAUCAACUCCCGCAUCCUCCACCACCAGCCUCCUUCGCUCAACCUCUAAGCGCGCUCCCUCACACUUCUUGACCACCGCAAGCCGCAUCCUCUGGGGGCGUCCACCACCCAGCCAUUCCACGCUACAGCCGUCCCAAAUUGCCGCCCUCACGCACACCCUCUCCCUCCCCGUGGAGACUCCAAUGCUUUCCAGUGUCGUAGGCGCCCUAGGUGUGCCGCUAAGUCGAAGCCAAUUCUCCCCUACCCCGAGCUGUUUCUGCAACGCUCACUUCUGGUUCGAGCAGAAAUACAUCGACGAGCUGACCGAAGUCAUCACGCACGAGAUCGGCCCUCAACUCGACAAGCUGAGGAUAGCUCCCCGGGAACUCAUCUCAAGAAAGACCGAACGCCUCCUCUCAACCCUCCAGCCCUACCAAGACAUCCUCACCAGCACCACCGACACCAGCAGCAUCCUCAGCAUGGAACCCACCUGCCCGGCCUGCACGCUGAGCCACUUCUUCCAAAACCCCGCCGCGGUCAACGCGCUGACUCUGGCCGUCAAGGGCCGGAAACACCGCGCCCAUCCGUGGCCCGCCAGCAUGGCCUGGCUCGACCCCUGCCCCGGUAGGGAAUGGGAAGCCAAAUGGAGAUCGGAAGGCAAAUCCGUCGCGCACGACCGCGUCCGCGUGCAGCGCUGGCGGAGGGACACCCGCGCGCACGAACGAGUGCCCGACGCGCCCCCGCAAGUGCUGGGCCAUCAGCCGGGCGAGGGGUGCGACUUCUGCGACGCCCUGCGCCUGGAGCGGGCGGAUGAGGCGGAGUUGGACGCCGCGAUCGCGGAGGAGGAAGAGGAAGGCGACGGGAAGCAAACGCGCGCUGGAGGAGAACCGGCAAGGUAUAGCGGAGCUGCAGACGAGAUCCAUGAUGAUGAUGAUGACGAUGCUUCCGAUUCCGAAACCCUCCGAUCCGACUCCUCGACAACCCUCCGCGCGAUGGAAGAAGAGAGUAUCAUCAAAGGCUACCUGAGACCACCGACGACAACGACGGACUCCGCAUACCGCCCCCGGCCCGACGCCGACGGCAACAAAGCGGCGCAGGAAGCGAGGAGGAGGUCGUCCGUGAUGGGGGGCUACCUGGCCCACAGGGGCGGGAGAGUGGAGGGAGAGCGGGCGAAGAGGGCGAGCGAUUGGGCGAGGAGUUAUCAGUGUUUGGUGGGGCGGAGCCCGGAUUCGCAGACGACGUUGCUGUGUGAGCGGUAUUCGGAGCCUGGGUUGAGGGCCGUUGAGGGGUGGAUCUAG